AUGCCACGGAUUAUGCGCUGCGAGCCGUACAGGGCCGUGCACGGGCUGUUCCUGGCGUGGAAAGAUGUUGCGCAGCCAGAGGCGGCCAUCAAGGAACAAUUGAGCGACCUCAAGGACACCCUGGAACAUUACUACAAGUACGACCAAAUCGAAACGUGGGAGAUUCCCUCACACAAACCGUACAACGCCUUGGAUCGAAAGCUGCGGGAUUUUAUCGACGACAACGACGGCGAAAAGACGUUGCUGAUUGUGUACUACCGCGGCCAUGCCACAAGGGACGGAAGGUCGCUUGUGCUCAAAUUGCGUAACAGCCAAGAAUCUCCCGGCCUGUCGUGGACGGCCAUCCAGCACAAGCUCAUGGUCGACGUCGAAGCCGACGUCCUCUUGAUCCUCGACUGCUGUCAUGCCUACAGCGCCGCGUACUCGGACUUGACAGGCAGAGACGCGAGCUCGGAAUCUCGGGGGUGCGUAGGGCUGCUAGCAUCCGUCGGCGACAACGAGAAGUCUCACCUGCGUGGCGAGCACACCUUUACCAAGAAUCUCAUUGCGCAGCUGGAGGAAAGCCACGCCGAGCCCGUCGAGGUGGCUAGGCUCUCGAACGGCCUGGAGAAGCGUUGUCGCAAUUGGCGAGACCUCCGGCCCGAGGACGCGUGGAAGAUCAACAUGCCCCGGUUUCAAAACUUGUCGAUCCAUAUUGACCGGCAGAUGUGGCUCAUGAGAAUCGACGAGCAAGCAGACGCCGACAAGACGCCCCGAGCUCCGCCGGCGGUCAUGCAACCUCGGGUCCCGACGACGCGUGCCGACGCCCCCCAACCGGCGAAGCCCGAGACGUAUCCGAAUUCCGGGCCCGUGACAUCCCCGCUUGAUCUGCCUGCAAGAAAAACAGCUGCGGAAUUCUGGACCGAACGCCAGCACAUGCUCCAGCUGCUGCUGGAUAGCGAGAUUGACAGAGUCGACAACGAGCGUCUGGUCAAGGUAGCCAUCCUGAGCUCGGGCGUAGACGAAACCUCGGCGCUGGUCAGCGCAGCGGCCAGGCGAGGUCAGUUGGAAGCCCACGACUUCACCGGGAGCAAGAGCUGCGCCGACGAGCUGGGCGUCGGGACGCACAGCGUCAACCUGAUGUUGCAAUUGACAAAAUACGCCAAGAUCUAUGCUGCCAAGGUGGCGACCAGCAGCUUUUCCCAAAAAGUGAUUGUCCGGGAGGUUUACUUGGCUCUCAGGUUCUGCAUCGACACAUGGGAUGUCGAUUUGAUUGUCCUCCCGUUUUGGUUCGAGCAACCGGUUUUUGACAUUGAGCUGCAAAUAAAACGAGGGCACGCGAAAGGCAAGCGGAUCAUGGCCGCCGCCGAGUUUGAUCCAGUAUUAAACUCCCAUGAGUCCCAUCUAUCGUUCCCGGCAUGCAUGCCCGGAGUCAUGGCCAUCGUCGCCGCCGACGGCCUAGGGCGCCUGGCGCACCCUAUCUUUCCGCCUAAGCACUCGCCAUCCGUUGAAUUUUCCACCCUGGGCCAGGGCGUCCCUUUCUUCGAGGACGACGAGACGGCGCCGUCCUGGCGGCAUUGCCGCGGCGUGGAGGACAUUUCGGUGGCUGUUGUGGUGACCGCAGCGCUGCUGUGCAACGCCCGGAAAUAUGCCUGGUGCUGUGUGGCCGGCUUGCCCGACUUUGUUAGAUGGCGCAAAAUGCCUUUGACCCGUAAGGGCUCUCAAACCUCGUUGAGGCUCAUGUCCAUGGGGUUUAGCGCGGGGCGGGCCAACGGCCUGGCGGCGAGGACCGUCGACGCCUUGCCCGAUUGGGGUGCCGCCUAUUGA